ACUACAGUAUGACACAAGGAUUUUAUCUGGACCAUAUGUCACAGAAUUCAGGUGACAAUUUUACCCAGCAGAUCUGUACCAGCCAGCUGCUGCAAAUCAGUCACUGAAAUUCCAAGGAACCCACAAAAAGGUCUGUCUGAAAUCACUUAUGAGUACUUCAACUACAUCAAUCUUCCUCCCAACUGCAACCAGCCAGGCUCAUGGGACUAAUCAGAGUGCGGCUGUGGAAAAGGCGGAGGCAUCGUACGCUGUCCUCAAGUUCAUGGAGAGCUUCUGCCUCAUCAGCGCUGUCUGCGGGAUGGUGGGAAACGGCAUAGUCCUGUGGUACCUCGGGUUCCGCAUCCGGAGGAACCACUUCACUGUCUACAUCCUGAACCUGGCCGCUGCCGACUUCGGCUACCUCCUCUGCAUCGCCGUUGAGACGGUUCAGUACCUGAUGCAGUUCAACGUCGGGGUGCAGUUUGGGCUAUUCCUCUUCCUGGAUCUUUUCAUGUACGGCACCGGCUUGUAUCUCCUGACCGCUAUCAGCAUCGAGAGGUGCCUCUCUGUCCUUUGUCCGAUCUGGUGCCGAAGCCACCGCCCCAAGCACUUGUCCGGCGCCGUCUCCGGAUUGCUCUGGGGUCUCUCCCUGCUGCUGAACGCGCUCGGCUACGUUUUGUGUACCGUUCACCGCCCUGCCGCGAGCUGCCGGCUCCUGCUCAUCACCAUCGGAGCCUUGGACUUCCUCUUCUGCACGCCCCUCAUGCUGUUCUUCAGCCUGACCCUCUUCCUUAGAGUCAAGUGCAGCUCCCAAAAACUCCAGACGGGCAGGCUCUUCACCGUCAUCAUGCUCACCAUCCUCUUCUUCCUCAUUUUCGCCGUGCCUCUGGGCGUCCUGAUCUUCUUUGACUUCUUGGGUUACAAGUUCCUCUACUCCCCGGAGAUCGGCUUUGUGCUGUCCUGUGUGAACAGCAGCCUCAACCCCGUCAUUUACUUCCUCGUGGGGAGCUACAGGGAUCGGAGAAUCAAGUUCACCCUCAGGCUGGCAUUCCAGAGGGCCUUUGAAGAUUCAGCAGAUGACAAAGAGGAACGGGAAACCCGUGACACAAUAACGAUGUCCUCCUAAUACCGUGCUGUGCCUAACACAGCAAUACUGGUCUGGAACUGAGGGCUGAUAGUUUACCGAAUCGAAGAACUCUGAGGUAUUGGGGAAGGCUUUUCUCUCGUAACUUUCAGUAUCUUCAUUGUAGAUCUCUACUCUUCACCUAGUUAUUUUAAGCUCCAUCUGUGGUCAGUGAAAACAUAUAUGCACCUGAACCACAGAAUUUAUCUGACGUGUAUUAGGACCACACUGAAAGUGCCUAUUUCUUUUCAGUGGCCAUUAAAUGUUUUCAAUAUGAUAAGAUAAAAUGUCUUGGUGUCUGCAUUUCAUCAAAUGAAUCCCACUCAAAAUUUGCAGCUCACUCAAUAGAUCUCUGUCUUUCAGAGCACAGCAAUAUCAAAUUCAUAAAUUCUCAGGCACAAGUCUGUCUAUCUCACUUGAUUUUAAACACCUGUAUCUCAGCAACACAUGCAACCUUCUGCGGCUCACAGAGUGCAUGAUUCUUUGCUUCCUAACACAAGCAUUUCAAAUAGGGAAAUGAUUCAUGCCCUAGAAGUUCCUUUCUUCUAUUACCUCGGGAGGUUUCCAUACCAUAGAGUUGUGAUGUAGUUGAAAAGGGCUCCAACCCCUACCAACUUGCCUUACAACUUUAUGUACUGAGUUGCAUCCUCCCUUUUCUUGUAUUUCAAAGAAAUACAGGGGUGGAGUUGCAUAUUAUUUUAGCUUCCUCCAGCCCAGGACAGAGUAUCUGCACCUAACUACAGCAUGCACUGGGUUGUUAUUUCUUCCUUUAAGGACAGAUGAGAACCUCUGGCUUCUAACAUCUCCUCUACCAAUAGAAAUAAAUUCAAGAAUAGGGAAAAAAUAGGAAGCAGAAGAAAGGUAAAUAAAUACCACAAUUUGCAACAAAUUAUUCUCUAGACCCAAGCCCUUGAGGUGCAAGAUGUGAUUAUUUGAAGUGUUGUACUACCAGACUACAAAACAUUUGCUCUUUUAACCUAAAUUGACAGAAAAAGGCAACACAGGUAAUUUUCUUUGAGAAACCUUAUGGAUUUCCUCUUCAUGCCUUCAUCUGCAAAUAUUUUCCUAAAGGGAAGAUGCAUUCUUCUGUUGUCUAUUAUCUUUUUUCUGUUCGUUUGUCUUUUUAUUAAUUUUGAAAAGCACCACUUAAAAAAAUAGUGGUUUACCCUAAUGUCUGUAGUUGCUUUUUGCUUCCUGUUUACAGUUUCUGAAAGCUGAAAUUUGAGUUCCAUUUCUACUAUUCUUUAAUUUUUAAUGCUAUUGUUCUGCAAUGCACAUAUAGUUGAUUCAGAUUAGGUCUAUGUCAUUAAUUAAUUUUAGUAAGUUUUUUUUCAUCUAACUUCUACUGCUGAGGGGAAGAGAGUAUCCAUUUAUCAGAAAACAUGUUAAAAAUGUUUUCUUUUUAAUAUUUGUAAUGAUUUUAUCACUGGGAGAACUGAAACAUUUCCGUUGUUAUUAAAAAUAUCAAAAGCCUUUUUUUAAAAGGAAAACAAAUUGUAUUUUAAAACAUUAUUGUGCUCAGAAGAAGCCAUCAACUGAUAAAAACAUACGAAUAUAAACUGUGA